CUUCCUAUUACAACUAGCAGCUUUCAAGCAACCUCUCUCCUUUUCUCUAGCAAGGAGGCACGCGUAUGCCACUCUAGCCCUCCGAGAUGUCCUCCAACCUUUCCAGUUAUGCCUUGCGGAUGGCCCGCCUGAGCGCACGGAUAUUCGGAGAAGUUGCUCGGCCGACCGACGUGAAGUCCAUGAAAGUCGUGAAGCUGCUCAGCGAGCCACCCAUGGCCAAGCAGAAAGAGGUCUAUGACUGGUACCCUCCCCACAACGUCUACUCCGGCCUGAUGAGGAAACUCCGCUUCUAUGGCCUCUACAGAGAUGAGCAUGAAGAUUUCAAAGACGAGAUGAAAAGACUGAAGAAGCUACGUGGGAAAGGACCCCCGAAGAAAGGAGAAGGAAAGAGAGCGAUGAAGAGAAAAUAGCAUCAUCCCUGUAUUUAAUAAAACAUUUUUAUUUCAUUUAA